AUGCAGCAAAAACAACAGAGGCCAGUACAACAGCAGCUGAACCCGCAGUCGAAGGCGGAAAACAGUAAAACCAAGAGCAUGUUUCUGUCCAGGGCGCUGGAAAAAAUCCUGUCGGAUAAGGAGGUGAAGAGGAGCCAGCACAACCAACUGCGCAAAGCCUGCCAGGUGGCACUUGGUAGGUGUCUUUGUUUUGUCUAGAGGUUUGCCAGAGUAAGGUGAUUCGGGUCGUGUUUAACGGAACCAUGUAGUCGUGUGUGUGUCUUUAAAGGGUCCUCUCGGUUCAAACUAGCGUUAGCUUUAGCAUCUGAAUGGCCUCUGCCGUCUGUUGAUGACACGGGCAGCGUUAGCUCCACAUUUACAUUGUAUAUUAAUUCUUUAAUGCAAACACCAUGCCCUGCACACAGUCCUCAUCGCUGUCAAAGCCGGCAGGUAAACAAAGCCUUCAGAUCUUUAGCUAGCGAGGACUAGGUUAGCUAGCUAAAACAGACCAAUCCCUGUGUUGUACGUAGCACUGUCACCCAUCCAGACAGCCCAGUCCUGCUCCUUCACCCAGACACACCGGAGGCUACCUAACUCCAGGAUCCUCUGACGUCCGUGCUUUUCCAUUCAGCACAAUCACGGAUAGUGUUACACACACACCCACAAACACACAUCAGGUUGAUCACUCCAUUGUGGUCCUGGUGUUUAUAUUUCUGUUUGAGGCUACCCUGCCCAUUUUUAACGCACCCACCUGCUUGUCAUACAGGUAUUUUAACCACUGACAAUUGUCAGACAUUAUCUUGUUUACAUAAGGCAUGUGAUUGUCAGAGCGUGGAUGUGGAUUUAUUAUACACAUGUGGCUCUUUUGAUCAUCCUCUUUAAGUAGUGUUAGAGGUGCUUCAGAGCUGGUGGACUGCAGGAUUAAUAACAAAGAUAUAAAUGUCACGGAGAAGUGGCCAAACAAGUUGGUGUGUGUUUGAUCUGCUUUGUCUGCUCUCUGUCUCUAUCUGUCAGUGACACUCUCUCAUUAUUCAUGAUACGAACAGAACACAACACUCCUUUUUCACCCCUCACAAACUCGAAUCCACACUAUUCUAUGGGCAUCUGUAUGGAGCCUUAGAGAGUUCCCCACAACUCCAUGUUUCUCUUUCUCUUUUGAAUAUCUGAGCUGUUCUGCUGUGGAUUGUUCACCUUAUCUCCUGUUGCCUCCAUGAUUAAUCAGGCAUGCUGUGGAAAGAGACCCAAGUUACCUGUAGCAGUUUUCAGACCAAGCAAUCGUUGGAUCACUUAAUAAACUAGACUGACAUUGCUGUAACACAAUGUGAUACAUUAUCAUCGCUACAACUUUGAUUGUGACAUUUUGAGGGAAUAUUGCACAAGCUGGUUUCCUCUGUGAAGUCCUGUUACACAGCAGGUUUGUGCGAGUUAAGGUUCAGUCAUGUUGGCUUCCUGUGUGUGUGUGUGUGUGUGUGUGUGUGUGUGUGUGUGUGUGUGUGUGUGUGUGUGUGUGUGUGUGUGUGAAUGUAACCGAUUUGAUUGGUCAUGUCUGGCUGAAUGUACUACAUUAGUCACUGUGUAGCCAAAUAUGCAACACAGUGAAGUGAGUGUAUGUCACUUUCGACAGGUCAAUUAAAUAUAAAACGGUAAAAAAAAAAAAAGAUGGAGUUUGGAUUCUUUUUGAUAAGAUGGUAUGCAAAUUAUUUCAAGCCUAGGUUUAAUUAGAAACAGUUUAAUACACUGAGGCUGAACUCUUAUAUUGUUAAAUAAAAAAAGUACUUAUGUCCAAUUUAACGCCUGCAUCAGUUUUUUUUAAAACUUGAAGCAGGGGCAUGUUUACCAUUGUGUUGCAUCACCUCUUCUUCGAACAGAAGAGUUUACUUUCUACAGUUUUGAAGAAAAAAAAAGUUCUCUUUUGUCCUCUUUCUUUAUUGAUACGGGACUUAAGAUAUUCAACAGUGUGGGGUCUCCUUCGUCAAGUUAUGCUUUUACUGAUCCACCAAAUACUUUCAGUGGUCGACAAGUCAAGACUGCAGUCAGGCUGAGCUCUUUAUUUAAGCCAUGCUUCUGCAAUAUGGAUAGAAUGUGGCAUGGCUUUGUAUAGUUUAAUAGAUUUUCUAUCUUCCUAAAAAAAGGCAUUAUAAUCUGGAUGGUAGCAUAUGUAGCUUCAAAAUCCACAUUCUCAAAUGUGUGAACCACCUGUGCCAUGAGUACAUGCAUCCCCAUACCAUCACCGACACUGGCUUUUGAAGUAUGUGCUGAUAACAAGCCAGGCUGGGCCCUCCUCUUUGUAGUGGAGGAUAUGACUUCUUCCACAGACCACAGGACAGUUUUACACUUUGCCUCAGUCUAUCUUAAAUGGGUCAGCAGCAUUUCUGGGUUAUGUUUCCUCUUCAUAUUGUAAAGUUUUUACCAUAGACUGGAUAUAGAAUGGACAGCGUCUGCCUCCUCGAUGGGUGAAGCCACUCCCAGAACAGCAACAUCUAGCAACAGGCUGCAGUAUUGGUCCAUAAGCAAAACUUAUGGAGUUGUGGACAAACUUUAUAAAUUUAUUACACAGAGCAUAAAUUUUUCUCUCCCCUGCUUGUGAUGUUGACUGUAAGACUGUAACUGUAGUUACAGUGAGAAUGGUUUGUGCUCAAUUACUUUUUUUCUUGCAGCUCUAUUUUUAAAAGUUAUUAGGGGGUUCAUGUUUUCUGUGAUUGACAUUGGAUACAGCCUAUGGGUGUACGAAGAUUGCGUAGCUCACCCGUGGAAUACACUGUUUGAGCCGAGCGUCAUCACAGCAACUCUUGGUGACUCUCCCGCCGAAUGCGUACGGCACUACUGCGCAAUGUUGGUUUCGGGAAGUGGAGAAAAAACGCAGAAUUACCAAGAGCUUUUUGGCUUCAAAUCUGUGUACUGGUGGAAGGCGGAACCAAGUUGUCAAUAGGCUAUGGUUUUUACCUGUAGAUGCAGCAACAGACUGCAUUCACUGAUAAUGGUUUUCAAUAGUGACUGUGACCCUACAUCAACACACCUGACUUCUUCUACAGAGUCAUGUGUGUUUUGAAUGUAGAGCUGCCAGAGGACCCAAAGAUCACUGUACAAGGAUUUUUCCAGAGUUCCUGAAUCUUUUAAUAGUAUUAUUCACUAUAUGGGAUAAAAAAAAAAAAUCAGGGGAACACAAAAAGCUAAAAUGUUUAUUAUUUGCUCUUGCAUUCUCUAAGACCUGAAAGAGACUCUUUAGUAAAACAAAAAUGUGAUUAAAAUGAAGUAAAAGUCUCCAAUUUCAUCCUGCUAAGUAUACAACACAACACCAUAACCGGUAAUUUUGUGUUUUAACUGACUGAAAUGUGAGACAAUAGUCGAAAAUGUCACACCACCACAGUGAGCUGAAAUGGUCGAAGUUCAGACUUGGAUAACAUCUAAUCUUGUGUCUUUUUCUGCAGAUGAGAUCAAGGCAGAGCUUGAAAAACAAAAGUAAGUACUGCCGUGCUCAAACCUUUCUCCCUAAAUGUACUGAAUGAAUGAAUGCGCAGCAGUCUUUUUUCCCCCCUCUUUGUGGUUGGAGGCAAGAAGUUGAGGUAAAGUUUGCCCUGAAGCAGUCAGCAGUAAACCCCAGCUGCUGACUGUGAUUUGCGACUAAAGUGAUCUGCUGCACUUAUUACUGCUCCUUUGGAGUAAAUCAGCUGCACUCCAAGCAGCCUUACGGUUAUAUUUCUGCUGCUUCUGGCAAGCUGUUACCUCAACAAUAAGGUCGAAUGCUUUGUCUCUGAAGAAAACUGCUCAGUGUGAAAAUGAACAUUAAAUGGUUAUGAUGUCAUGUCUUGUACUGUCGUGACUGUAAAGUUUUAAUGGGGAGGUUAGUGUAUUUUUUAUGAACAGUUCAUAGCAGGCUGCUGCAGUCGUUUUCAGCUCACACAGCUGUUUACUUUCCUCUCCUCAUUGCAGGGAUGGCACAGUGGUUGCACCCAGAGCCAACUACAUCGAGGCAGAUAAAUAUGUGCUGCCUUUCGAGUUAGCCUGUCAGUCAAAAUCCCCGCGGAUAGUGAGCACAUCUUUGGACUGUCUGCAGGUAAAUGAUCACAGACACACAUGGAAACCAAAUAUUUCCCCAUCUUUCAGUUUCUUUUCUACGUUUUAUUUCCUGCCUGGUUUUGGUUGGGGGAUGAAAUCUUGUGACACCUGUUUCACAUGUCUGAGGGGCAAAUAGAAUAAUAGCUCUGCAUUUUACUCACAUGGACACACACACGUAACAUUCCUUCCUAGGUACUAAUCUCUAAGUAGCUUUACAUAUUAGCUUCAUUUCUGCUUUCAGGGGAAACUGAUUCCUGUAAGAAACAUAAAAACAGCCUGAUUUUGCUUAUGCUGUUGCUUCAUUAUCUCAUUCUUAUCAUUUGAAUGAAUGAAUGCUUUAUUUUGAACAUGCAGUAAAGAAAACAGAAUAUAGGUAGUAACCACACACAAACACAUGUAUACAAAGAUUGCUGGCAACAAUCUGCAUGUGAAGGCGAUCUAAAUGGUCGAAAAGGAGUAGGAAGAAGUUUAAACUUACUUAAUCCUACCCCUUUAAUAACAGUACCUAUAGUGAUAUUUUGACUUAAGAUAUUUAUAAUAUUUAUACACGGUCACAAACUUCAUAUUUCACCUGUAUAUGAUACUUAAUUUCUGUACAUAUAAUUCACCUCUACUCAAACACAGAAGAGGACAUUACAUAACAAGACAAUAUACAUUUUAUAUUUUAUACCUACAUAUAGAAAUCAUUGAAUUUGCCUUCGGGGGUAAAAAAAAAAAAAAGUUAUUCUUAUAAACAUACAUACACACAUAGAUCCACAUGCAUACAUACAUACAAUUAAUAAACCAGAUGAAUUUGUUCAUUAAGACGCAGUAUAGUAAACUUUAUUGGUGAUAUUUAAAGUUUUUUGAAGUCAUUCACCAAAUCUGUCUUAAACUUUAAGCUAAGUUGUUCUUCAUUGAAAGAUCAACAGUCCUUCUAGAAUAAGAAAUAUGAUCCCACGAGAUAUCUUGACCUGCUUGGAGACUACAAGUAUUUAGUAGGAUUAAAGUGCUGCAAACUCUUAGGCAUUUACAGCAACCACCAGUGAGGUUCUAAGGAUUCUAGUCAGCUGUAUAUAAGGAAGUAUAGGAUCCAGUUUUGCUUGUCUUGCCGUGACUUUUCCACUCCACUCCACAGAACCUGAGCUCUAACUUUUUGCGACUGUAUAAUUUAGUUGUCAAGAUUUAAAAACGCGCUUAACUUGUUUAAUGUGCCUCCAGGGAUAACUUGAGGCACACCAAACUGAACCCUGUUUUCCUUUUUCUGACAAACUUACACCUGUCAGAGCAAAUUCACAAGUGCAACUUAGAGUUCAAACAGAGAAAAGUAAAAUCACAUGAGCCCACUGCAUCCUUCACGACCUGACUGUAAAAUUAAUGUUGUGUUUCCACCAAGCGGUCCAGUUUGGUUUGGUACCCUGUCUUGGUUGUAUAUCAUGGCGCUCCAUGCUGGAUGUUUGUUGGCUGUGCGAGGGCUUCGGACAGCUUGAUUUUCAUUUUGGCUCAGUAGACCGCCGCCAUGAGCAAUACAUCUCACCUGUUGUUUUCCACAAGCCUUGUGUAGAUUUUGGCCCAAAAAAAAUUGAAAAAUGACAAUCUUAGAGCUGUAUUAUCUCUCUGUCAGCAAUAAUGACAUCAAACAUCAUACACAUAUUGAAUUUCCCUUUGGGGACCAAUAAAGUUCAUCUCAAAGUUCAUCUCUCACAAGCGUGAAAACUGCACUAUGAAUGCACUUCAACAUCUUCUGUAAACCGAAGCCAGGUACAUCUUUUGUCUGUGGUGAGACCCCUCUCUUGUUUCAAACUUUUCUCCUGAAGUUGUGUCCGGGUCUGUCAUUUGGUGAAAUCAGAAACUUGUGCAGCUUUCUGUUUGAGCCUACAGUAAACUUUUGUUGUCAUGAGUCAUGUUGGCUGCAGGUAUGCCAUGAUAAUUAUCUCAGGAAUUCCCUCUCCCUUCGCAUCCAUCUAUGAACACACAUUUCAUUCAUUCCAGUUCAGGGUCAGACACCUAAACUUGGUCCCCCAACAAAAGGGUGCUAAAAAUAGAGUGGUAUGGAUCAUUUAUUUUGACACCUUAAAGACUUUUGAUGGUGAAAACUUUCAUAAUUGCAUACUAGGGCUUGGGCAAUAAACCAAAAAUUUACCAAUACCGAAAUUUACGACAAUAACCGAUGUCAUUUUGCCCAUAUCAAUAUAUUUGGUGUCAAGAAAAUCAAUAAAAGUCGGUUUUGGAUGUGUAUAGUCUCAUGUCCCUUUAAGACGCUGUCCUACAUCAGAGACGUGACUCCACCCCAUCCAGUCUGUAACAAAGAGGGAAAGACAGAUGAGGAGAUGGAGGACUUUUCAAAAGUUGUAGCGGCUGGAGCGGCAGCUGAAGUAGACAAAGUUCAUGUGGGAGGGGGUGAGCAGCUUGUGGAGUAGUCAUUGUCCAUUUAUCAUUAUCGAGGUGUACUGCUCAAUAUAUCGUGAUAUUGAUUUGAGGCCAUAUUGCCCAGCCCUAUUGUAUCCUUUAGCUGCUUGGUUGAAACACAGCCUGACAUAAUUCUCUAAAGAAAAGCAAACCCUCCUCUUCUAGUGCCUUCACCUAUGCACUUUUCCCAACUGUAGAAGCUGAUUGCAUAUGGCCACAUCACUGGCAAUGCCCCAGACAGCAGAACACCGGGUAAGAGGCUGAUCGACCGGCUGGUGGAAACCAUCUGCAACUGUUUCCAGGGUCCACAGACUGACGAGGGAGUCCAGCUACAGAUCAUCAAGGUAUGCCCAGCGCCACACAUCACAUCUGAUCGCCCAGCUGUCAGUGUUGUUGUUCAUUGAAGUCAAACAUUGAAGGCUGAAAAAUAGUGUAAAGCUGAGAGUGCGGUCAAUACAGUUUCUACAUAGUUACUCUAAUUAAGUCUCUGGGUAUUAUGUCACAUUGUUUCCUAGUGGUGGCUAUUGCUAACAGAAAAUACUUCCAAAACGAGUCGCACAAUGAGAUUUAUGUUUGUUUACAGCCAAGUUGAGCAUGAUAACAUAAUGGCAGUAGAUACAAACAGCAGUUAGAGGCUGCAACACAGGUUCAACAUGAUAUAUGACACCAGAAUUUCAGGCCUGCAGUAAAAUAAUCAUUUGUUUACCUAACUUGUAACUGAGGUGCCAAGCAGCCAGGGUGACAGUGUUUAAUCUUUGAACAUGCACGUCCUUAUUAAGAACAGCAUACUGCACAGACUGAUUAUUCUCUCUUUCUGUUAACUUACAUACACUCAUUUCCUUGAUGCAGUUGGAAAAAAUAUGCAGGGCUCAGUUUGUCAUAUGGCCAUCAUUAAUGCCCUCUGAACCAUAUUUCACAGACAUUUUUAUUUCCUGCCCUUUUUUUAUUACUUGUUAACUUGCUGUGUUUGUUCAGUGGUUAUGAUUCACGCCUGCUGUCCACCAGAGCUUCCUCUUAGUGAAUGAAAUGCACAUCCUGAUUGGUUCCAGAGGAAAACGUCUCUCCUGAUAGAAGGCACACACACUUUUAUCACUGUUGACAAAAGAUGUACAGCACAGAUGAACAACAUCAGUCUGUACUGUAUUCAACACUGAGGCAGAACUGUGGUCUAUUUUGACUGUAAAUGGUACAUUUGAAUUAGGGCUGCAUGCUAUUGGAAGGAACUGAGAUUGGGACAUGUUUUCUUUUUGCCAUAUUUAAAGCAAAAUUAAACAUAAGCUACAGGAAAUCAAACCUUAUAAAUUUAGCCUGUUUUCAUGUGUAACAAUACAACCAUAAAUAAUGUUUCUUUAAAGAUUUGUGACUGUAAGUUUACUUUCUCCAAACAAAAAAAACUUGUCCUAUUUUUACCACACUUAGUUCAGCGUUUCACAAGAAAAUCUGACAUAAGGCCUGCAUGCCGAUGCAAAAACAGAAAAGUUAGGUGUUUUAUAUUUCAUUUCAAUGAGAAGGGUAGGGAAUAAAUUUAUUUAUUUUUGCUAAAACAAUUCAUAGACUCUACAUAUUUUUUUCCACGUUUUACUCAUUAACUCACAACCAAUUAAUAAUCAGUAAUAAAUUUUAAGUUAGCUGGCAGCUUGUGACGGCUGGUCACACAUUAGAUAACUUAUGGUGUCUAACCAGUUUGAGACUGCGGGUGACCACGCAACAUAUUCAGCGUCAAAAACAUACAUGCCUUGCAACAUGUUUGCACAUUUGUGAGCUGUAUAAGUAUGCAACACAUGGCGGUGACACUUCUCAGCCUCCUCCUCUGACUGGUUGCUGUGAGUUAGGGCAGCCCGAUCAAUCGAUUUUAAAUGGUAAUUGGAUUAUUUAAUUAUGAUGAUGUUAGAAAAUUUAAAAUUGUCAAAUCAAUUUUCUUCUCCCCACUGUAAGUGUAAACAAACAUGGCGUUUGCAAAAGAAGGCAAUAAUUUCGUGGCUAAAUAGGGCAAGAGCAAGUCAGUUUUGGAGGAGGAGCAAACCACUGUCAAAGUCUGUCUGAAGGUGGUAUUAAUGCCAAUACAACAAAAAACACAAAAGUUUUUUGUUGUACUGGCAUUUCAUCCAUGCAGAAUGAAACAACAAUAUGACAAUGGGUCAGAGAGUGCAUAUCGUUAACGACUUCACCUCCAAGUGGAUGCCUAUCUGCAUCUCUUGAAACGAUUAUGUCACACACAGCGUAACUCUUUUUUUCUGGUGCCUGCGCGUGUCCUGCCAAAACAACCUUUAUAUACAUGAUCCAUACUCUUCUUCUGUCUUUGUGCAUUUCCUGGGCAGCGUUACAGCACCAUUUACUGGCUUGGCAUAUGCACUACAUCAUUUUCAGUGGUUUCAUUUUGAGAGAUGAUCAAAAAACUUAUUAUUAAAGUGAAGUUUGGUGAAGUUGUUGCUGAAUAAAAUUAUUGAAAUCGAGGUUUUCAGAGAAAAAAAUCUAGAUUUGAAUUUUGGCCAAAAUCGUGCAGCCCCACUGUGAGUACUCUAUUAGAGGGAACUGACCUCGAAGAGUACGUAUCAGCAUGUUUUAUAUGUAUGUUCCCAGGUCUUAGGGGGGGCUCUGACUCAGUAGGGAGCAGUAAAUCAUCAUUGAUCCCAUGCUCCAGGAGUGUUUGGACAAAUAAUCGGUUACAAAUUGGUAUUGACAAGCCUCAAACCAGGCCACCCCUCUCCACUCAUUGGGUUUCUAAUCAGGCCCUAAAUUUAGCCUAAAAUCGUUUAGCGUGUUGCCAUCCUAACAGGGUUGGAGGAGCAUGACCCCCAUUAGUACGCUAAAUAUUACAUGCUGAGUGAGAAAAAAAAUUUAAAACUUUAAUUAAGUUUUUUGAUGUGUUGCAAUAAAUGAAGAUUUAUCAUGCAGCACCUAAUUUGAGCACAACCAACAUCAAAAUGCAAACAACCAGUUGCAUUCUGCACAAAAACCCUGACUACAGACUGCCGAGAACCAAACAUCUGCCACAUCAAGCAUCAUUGUGCUACAUAAGGAGGAAGUCAAGUGGUGAUUCAGCAAAGACAGCAUCCUUAAAACUCAACGUCUUGUCUGAUAAGUCUUCACUUCUCUCUGUCUGUGUGUUCAGGCCCUGCUGACAGCGGUGACCUCCCCACACAUAGAGAUCCAUGAAGGCACAGUACUCCUCACCGUCAGGACCUGCUACAACAUCUACCUGGCCAGCCGCAACCUCAUCAACCAGACCACUGCCAAGGCCACGCUCACACAGAUGCUCAAUGUUAUCUUCACACGCAUGGAAAACCAGGCUGUUAGUUCACUUUGACAUUUCUAUCUAUGACACUGCAAGAACAAUUCAGGCUGUCUAGUCUGCAGUUUAAUAGACUUACCUUUAAGGGGGUUUAUUUAUUCAUUCACAUACAUCUGCUGAGGAGUUCAUUUGAUAGUAAAGAUGUGAUGAGAAGUGUCUUCUUGCUGCAGUCAGCCCUCUGAACAUAAAUGAGGAUUUAGUGAUGUAGUUGGUUUUGAACUCGUCUGGGGUUGCAGACAUGUAGGGAUCAAUCGGACACACAGGGGGCACACUGAGGGAAUUGGCUACUUCGAGUCAAAGCCAUCGAUCUUUUUCUUCUAAUCAGCAUCCUCAUUCAAUCAACAUGAAUAAAAUGACUCCUUUUCAUGCCUGUCUGUCUCAUUCUACCUCCACAGGCUCUGGAGGCUCAAGAGCAGGAGAAAGACCGGCUCCGUCUGCCACAACAAAACCCGUCCCCAGUCCCAGGUAGUAGGAGAUCUGGCUCUCCGAGGUCUGACCGGACGCCAACUCCAGAGCUCCAGAACUCCCCAUCCCCAGCAGCAAGUUCUCCAGACCUCACUAGCACCACCAACAACAACAACACUAGCUCCACACCCCCACCACCUGUUGCUGACCUGCACCUGGAACAAGCUCCAGACACACCAUCAGUCAACGGAGAACCAAAGGAUGGCAACGCUCCUGUGAACGGAGAGGCAGAACAGAUCACACCAUCCAGUGGUAUGUGUAAACAUGUGUCUCCUGCUGUGGGUUCAAAUCUGAAGGGUUAGCUUUGAAAUGAACAGUUUUUACUUCCUUGUCUGAGUUGAAACAGAGGUUUUCACUGACUCCAUCUCUUUCUUGUCUUUAUUACUUGCAGCAGAUAUAGUGUUUGAAGAUGAAGCAGCAGAGACACUUCCUGAAGCUACACAGCCGGCUGAGGAGGAAGACAAACCUGAGAGCAGUCCCAAUCAAAGAGAAACAGACGUGACUGAGGGAGUAGAGGAAGAGCUACAGCCAGGGCAAACAAACAGUGGAACAGGUGGGAACAUAUUUGCACUGGUUAUCAUUCUUUCUAUGUCCUCAGUCUCUUUCAUUGUAUCAGUAUGCUGGAUGAUAUUGUUUGUCUUUGAUGGUCCCAACCUCCAUCCUUGCUCCUUCUGUUGCAGCGGAGAAUCCAGCUCAUCCUCUCCCUGAGCAGACAGAGGUGGCUGCUCCCAAAGUCAGAGCUGAAGGGCAGCAGAUGAACGGCAUCAUUGAGGACCGCUCCUCUGUUUCCUCCACAGACAUGCUGGUGAGCAGUUUUCUAACAUUUUCAGUGGUACGCUGAGGCGACAGCAGUCUUUCUCUUCUGAAUAAUGAUGAAUCAAGGAUCAUAUCUGAUGUGUGUGUGUGUAAGUGUUAUAUUUGUGCAGAAGAGUCCUGAGAUGAUUGUGUCCAUUGGGACCGUCUGUUCAGAGGAAAUUACAAAUGAAAGCUUUGUAGCUAUCAAAGAGCAGCACAUUGCUAAAGGCAAACAACGAUGAUAUGAAAACUUGAUUAUUUAACAAAAGGCAAUGGACAACCUCUGUAGCAAACGGAAGAGACCUCAGGCCACAUCUCUGUUUCAAACAUUAAUAUUCAAAGAGCCGAGGAAACAAAACAAGAUCAGGGAUUGAUGCUGUUAGCCAGUUUGUUCUCACAUAAAAAAAUGACAUUGACUUUUUGGAAUUGUCUAAGGACGCUGAGGCUCUGCAGGGAUCCUACAACGCUGCCCGCUUCUCUCACAUCCUGCAGAAAGAUGCUUUUCUGGUGUUCCGCUCCCUCUGCAAACUCUCCAUGAAGCCUCUGGCUGACGGACCUCCAGACCCAAAGUGGGUGUUUUUAACCUCUCUGUCUCAUUAGGAGUUCUUACUCAUCUAGUCAGUCACAUGUUUUCUUUAUAUGAAUGAAUGAAUUUAUCUUGAACAUGUAUGCAAAGAAGUAAAAUAAAUAGAAAAUUGCUGUUUACAUUCAAAGAUAAAAAAAAAUAAAAUAAAUGAAGUAAUUAUACAAGUUUGAAAAGGAGUUGGAAGAAAUAAAUACUUCUUGAUUUCCUACCCCUUUUUACUGUUCCUCAUAGGUUUUAUAAAAAAAAUAAUUCUGCUAUCAAUGUAAUAUAUUAUACAUAUGCCUACCACAAAACAUGUGAUCUAUAUUAAUGUGUAUCUAAAUAUACACAAAAAAUCUAUAAUAUAUAAUCAUAUAUAUUCAUAUGUCUAUCUAUAUAUAUACAUACAUAUACACACGUGUUAAUAUUUAGAAGUAUCAAUAUAGACAUAAUAUACAUAUGCUACUUAAACAUCUAUAGAACUAUAGUCUGUACCUAUGCACACACACACAUACAUACUUACAUGUUUAUACAUAAUACGUAACUGCCCAUUUAGAUAAAUAUUAUAUCUAUAUCCAAUAUCCAUACACUAUAUAGCAAAAUACUAAUCAAUUUCAACAUAAUUUUUUUGGUUUAUUUAUUUAUUUACACCAUUUAUAUCAUGACAGUGUUUUCUUUCAAAUGUCCCCUGGUAUCUGAAUAUCCUGAUCUAGACGUAUUUGAUAUCAAAUCCACCAGCACCCAUCCUUUAUAUGCUUUUGGCCUUUUAUAAGCCAAUCUAUUUCCAUCAUGCUCUAGGAUUUAAAAAAAUAAACUACCUGAGGCUUUUGCACAGCGUUUCACCUCAGCCUGGACAGGUUAUAUGGCCUCUUCCAUCUCAGUGUUUUUCUGUCUUCUCUUGUUACUGUAACUUUAGACCAUAAAGCAGCUCGUGUGAACAGGCCAAAGUAAACUGAGCCUGGAGGCUCACAAAGAAACCUGUCCAGCCUUCAUUUGAAAAUACUACAAUUCAAUUCCAUAGGUCAAAAAAAUGUCUUCUUUCCUUUCACUUGUAGGAAACCUGAUCACAAUUUACCGAUGGCUAAGACAGACUAAUUUCUCUCGAUAGUGUUGAAUGUAUUUACUUACAGCAUACAGUCUUUAUGAGUUUCUCUUUUGUUUGAAGCCGCAGUGUUAUUCAUGCACGUGUGAUUCUUCCUCUCUUCAGGUCCCAUGAGUUGCGAUCCAAAAUAGUGUCCUUGCAGCUGCUGCUCUCUGUGCUGCAGGGCGCAGGGCCGGUGUUUCGCACUCAUGAGAUGUUUGUCAACGCCAUCAAACAGUAUCUGUGUGUGGCGCUGUCCAAAAACGGCGUCUCCUCUGUGCCUGAGGUCUUUGAGCUCUCACUGGCUAUCUUCCUCACCCUCCUCUCCCACUUUAAGGUCCACCUGAAGAUGCAGAUUGAGGUACAUAACACAGCCUUACAGAAUUAGACAGACUAAAAUAUAUAUAUUUUUUUUUACUGUGGUGUGGAUGUCUGCAAAGCUUGUUUCAUUUCAGUGCCCUUUAACAUUUUGUCAUCCCUCUGCCCCCCUGACUCAGGUGUUUUUUAGGGAGAUUUUUCUGACCAUCCUGGAGACCUCAACCAGCUCCUUUGAGCACAAGUGGAUGGUGAUCCAGACACUAACACGCAUCUGUGCAGGUAACAUAUCAUACAAGUUUCUCAAAAAGAGACAAUGAAAAUGACAAAACUUCAAAUUCAGAAGUUCAAAUGAACUUUUCGUCUCUUUUGACUAUUGCCCACAUUGUCCAAGUGGUGGUAUUUUGCCUCUCUUCUGGAUCUGUUAUUGAACCCUUUAAAAGCGACCUCUUGUGCUCUCUUUGUGAAUCUAUAAACACUGCAUUGAUUUAGUCCUUUACUUGUCAUGGAAUUCAUUUGACUAUUUUAUAAGCCAUAAUAGUGCACAAACAUUGAAUACUGAGAUGUCAGACCUGAUUAUUUCAUCAAUACUGUUAAAGGAGAUGAAUUGUUGUAAACAAAAUAAGGAAGACAGCAAGCCGGAUGAUACCUGUGGUUGGAAAGUGUUCAUUUUGAACAGUUUUUCCCAGUCACAUAGAAUUUACCUUCCUUUUUCUACUAAUCUGACAUGAGAUUAAUCUCAACAACAACUUUAAACCUCUGUGAGGAGAUACUCACUGGUCGUGAGAGAGAAUGAAGCUGCUACUGAUCCCUGCUAACGACAUACAAAAGCAAACAAGAUUGAGACUUUCUGUUUUUGUGGGGUUUGAUGUAGUUCUUACUAAAAAAGUUUACCGUUAUCUAUGCCAGGUGCUCACAACGCUAAUAACACAUUUGACAGAGGAAAGAAAACAGUUUGUGCUACAGUGAGAUGCAAGUUUUUGCCCACAGGGAACAAACCAAAAGUUCCUUGCUGCAGCCUUACAUUAAGCAUGUUCAUAUUGUUUCGUAAUCUAAAAAGAUUUCAUUUGCUUUACACAUGUAAUCAUUUUAUGUGAGUGUUUCAUCACAACCUUAUCUCCCUCUACACUUAUAUAUCUUAAACCUUUCUGUCAGUCAGGGGGCAUUAGAUACAGACUCCUGGCUUUUCAGAAGAAGAAGAACAAAAAUGGUUUGAGUCAGACCUUGAAAAUUUGCUGUUUUCUGUAAAAUUGGCUUCAGCGCUUGUCCUCUGUGAAAACAUCUGCUCUGGAAAGAUCUGAUUGACAUUAAGUUGCGCUUUAUAUCAUGUUAUAUAGUGUGAAACUGAAAGGGACCAAGCUCACUCUCUGUCACUACUCUAUAUGACCUCUUCUGAGUAUGCUCUGAUUGCAGCCAUUUCUUUCACUGAUAAAUAAUAAUCUGCUGUUGUGUGGACAAGGAUUUCUGCUGACUGCAGAGGUGUUUGCAGCAAAGGUGACCAGUAUACAGAUGAAGCAGAAUAUUUAAAAAGCUAUCAGAAAGGCUGGUUUAGACUGAUUUGCUUGGCUGCAACUGUAUUAUUCCACCAUGUUGUUGAACGGGGAAAACGGAUGUAGCAGAAAGGUUGUGCUGUAAGUUAAGCCUUUUUCCUGGUGUUGGUGAAGGUGACCCAAAUACUUUAAGUUAUGGUCAAACACAUCGUAACACCGAGUUAGACACCCCCUCGAGAGAUGAAUGUUGCCGACCGCUUGCUUCUCUAUUUAUACCAACUUUAGUAACGACCGCAUUAUAGCAAUUCACAGCGGUCUAUGUCUCCAUGUGCAAACCUCAACCAAAAAGCCACUCUAUAGCCACAAAUAAUGCUCAGAACAGCACCUAACUUCAUCAACAGUACAUAUAGGGUCCCAGCCAUAGGACUAGCUAUCAAAUAUCUUUUUGGCUUUGCCUGGUUCUGUUCUGAGCAUUAUCUGUGGCUAUAAAGUGGCUUUUUGGUUGAGGUGUGUGCAUGGAGAUGUAAACCUCUGUGUAUUGCUAUCAUGUGGUCGUUACUAAAGUUGGUAUAACGAGAGAAGCAAGCAGUCUGCAACAUUCAUCUCUGGAGGGGGUGUCUAACUCGGUGUUACGGUGUGUUUGACCCUAACUUAAUUUUACGCCGGAAUAUCUCAUUAAAUAAUCUCUCUGUUGGAUCUGGAGAAAUACUCAAACAGAUGUUUUUUAACCCCCAGAUGCCCAGUGUGUGGUUGACAUCUAUGUGAACUACGACUGUGACUUAAAUGCAGCCAACAUCUUUGAGCGCCUUGUCAGUGACCUGUCUAAGAUCGCUCAGGGCAGAAGUGGGCAGGAGCUCGGGAUGACUCCACUGCAGGUAUGUGGACUGGUCAGGACUCAGUGUGUCCCUGUGCUGCAUAUUUUAUGACUCACACAAAUGGAUCAUUACUUUUGAUUAAAUAGGCUUUAUCAUUCUGGUCAGGCAGAGACGGUCGCUCCUCAGUGUUUUAUAUUUGUCUUCCUCAUCAUAGUCAUAAAUCUGUUCAAAACAUGUCUCCUCAAAGUUAGAAGUACUUUGCUGGAGUGUUGUAAAAGUUGACUUUCUCAAGUCUUUUCUGAGUGACCGUGUAAAUGAACUUUGGUUUCACAGGAGCUGAGCCUACGUAAGAAGGGUUUGGAGUGUCUGGUGUCCAUCCUGAAAUGUAUGGUGGAGUGGAGCAAAGACAUGUACGUCAACCCAAACCUCCAAGCUAACCUGGGUAAGUAUCAAGAGUGAAUAUAUUUAUUAAAAGUGCACAAAUCAAACCGUCUUAAACACACAUUAAUGUCUGUAAAUCUGUGUGUAGGUCAAGAGCAUCCAUCUGACAGUGAGGCUGGAGAGCUGAAGCUCCCAGAGCAGACAGGACGUCGAGACAGCAUCAGUUCGUUGGACUCUACCGUCUCCUCCAGUGUCCAGACAUCCCAAGCUGAUCACCCAGAGCAGUAUGAAGUUAUAAAGCAGCAGAAGGACAUCAUUGAGCACGGCAUUGAACUGUGAGUCACUUUCUCAACACAGGUAGAAUAAGCUGCUUAUUGUCCCCCGAGUCCCUUGGUGGUGAUAUCUUUCUCUGAUCUCUCUCUAGCUUCAACAAGAAGCCAAAGCGAGGGGUCCAGUACCUGCAGGACCAGGGGAUGCUGGGUACCUCAGCCGAGGAAAUCGCCCAGUUCCUUCACCAAGAGGACAGACUGGACACGGUGAGGGAUCACAGAGACAACGCUUUAUUCUCAAGUAACCAGUGAGCUCUUUCAAAUGCUCACCUCACCCCACUGUUCCUCUGCAUCCACAGACCCAGGUGGGAGAGUUCCUGGGUGAAAACAUCAAGUUCAACAAAGAAGUCAUGUACUGCUACGUGGACCAGUUGGACUUCUGCGGGCGGGACUUUGUCUCGGCACUCAGAGCUUUCCUAGAAGGGUUCAGACUGCCUGGUGAGGCGCAGAAGAUCGACAGGCUGAUGGAGAAGUUUGCUGCUCGAUAUCUUGAGUGCAACCAGGGGUAAGGCUUCACUCAGAUUUAGUCAAGAAACAUGACAUUCAUGAGAAAAUGUGUUUGAUGCCUCUGAGAUUGCAAAGUCUAAUUAUUUAUAACCUCUAUUUUCAUUGAAUUAAAAACGAAGGAAAAGUUAAAAACAGCUUUGACUGAUGCCCUGAUAUUUUUUGUCCUCCUGCAGACAGACUCUGUUUGCCAGUGCAGACACCGCCUACGUACUGGCGUACUCCAUCAUUAUGCUCACCACGGACCUGCACAGUCCUCAGGUGAGAAACACUCACUGUUUUAUGUCUCAUCUGUCCUGCAACAAUAAUCUCUGACAUCCCCACAUAUGGGCCAUUAUAACAUUGAGCGUUGUAUCUCUAUUGUAAAGGAUUGUCGGUGGAGUUAUUUUAAUUAGACUGCACAAAGAAUGAACUGCGAAACACAGGCAGUGUUGUGCUUCGGCUGGUGCAUUUUAAAACAUUCAUAACAAGAACAGUCGUCUGUCAAAGCAGAGGAAUCUUUUAGAAUGACCUUAUCGAUCAAAUCUGAGAGAUGGCUUGUGUGUGUGUGUGUGUGGUCAGACUACAACAUCUUUCAGUCUGGUGUUCUGGUCACUGUCAGCUUUGGUGAUCACAGAGCCAUAAAUCUGUGCCAUGACUCAACCAACAGAUGUGACAGAAUCACCUCAUGGUACCCAAUCAAUCACCACAACAGAUGUGAUGACACUGAAAGGAAGACGGGCUGCUCUGGAUGAUACCUGGGAAUGCUAAUGGCAGUUACUCAGCGAGUCUUAAGUCUCGCCAGCAUUUCUUUUUUUUCAGUCUGCCACAGUCGACCCUCAAUGACACAUCAUAAAGGCGGCAUGUUCAAUUUUCUAUGGGGAGGUGGUGAAGCGUCGCAGAUGUGGACCUUCAGUGUGACACACGACGCGACGCAUGAUUGAUUUCUGGGGUUGACAGGUCCCGUCACCCCACGUCUGCCAGGAUGGGCUUUAAUGAGGCUUGAAACAUUUAGUCUGACCUCCGCUUGGGGCAAACCACUUUGAAGUGACAUCCUGUUUAUAGCAGGUAUGGACUACAGUGUUCAUCUGCUGUGGGUUUUUGAACUGUCAAUGCUGACAUGAUGACACAAAGUUUAUAGACAUGGACAAACUUUCAUUGGUGCUUCAGUUAUUAGGAACAGACUGAGUUUGCUGAGGUGGAUCUGUACUUAGCUUUGAAUUCAAUGUUAAUGAGUGGCUGAAACUAACCCUAUUGCUUACUUUUUAAGAGUAAGUAUGAUAAUCCCUCAGAAAAAGGUAAUAAUAUCAAAUCAAACUUUAUUUAUAGAGCACUUUUCAUGUAUGGACAUACAACACAAAGUGCUCUACACACAUAGAAAAUAUAAAUACGUAGACAAACAAUUACAAAUAAAGCCCCUCCCUCCCACCCUCCAUACAAUGCACACACACACACACUCUCACUACUGACAAUAGGGAGACAUGGCAUGACACUGAGAAUUGAGGAAGCACCAUCUUUUGGCCAUCCACACUGGGAGGAGUCGCAGGCUAUGCCACAGGGGGCACCAGCGCCCAGGCCCUUCGACCCCGACAGACAACAGCCAGCCAGGCCAAAGGAACCCAGACACAGUGCCCCCAGCAGCAGCCCAGACACAGCUCCCAGUGUGGAGGACCCUCCUAAGGAAAACUGGAAUUAAAACUAACACUAAAAGCACAAGAUAGGCUAAAAAAGAAUUUAAAAAAUACUGAAAAAAACAAGUAAAAAGAGUAAACGGGUAAAAGGAUAAAAAUACAUACAGUCUCUGUGGUCCUGAGGCUCUCUGGGUGGUUGUUUCACAGGAGGGGGCCAUAGUGGCUAAAUGCCUCCUCAUCAUGGGUUUUAGUUCUGGGUUUUGUUAUGGAUAAAAGGCCGGUGCAGGAGGGCCUCAGGAUCUGUGAGGGUUAAUAUGGUAAAAGCAGGUCAGACAAGUAAGAGGGUGCAAGGCCGUUUAGACAUUUAAAAACCAGUUAAGCAAGUAUAUACUUCCACUCAUGUGCACAUAAUUGUAAUCUAUGUGCAUGUGAGAAUUUCCAGUCCCACCUUUUCAUCAUGGAGAACUAUAAUAACAAGGCUCUUUCCAUGUUGGCUUUUUAUAGUUAUCAUGCACACCAACUUGGAGGUGAAUGAUGUAACUCAAAUCAGCUGUUCCAAAUCUGAUAACUCUGAGUUUCCUAUCAGUGUUAUAAAUCAACUCAGAGUUCAGAGUAAAACUUGAGACUUUGUUUAACCUCCUUGCUGAAACCAGGCCCCUGGUGUCUGGAUCACACAUUGAUUCUUGUAGCCAGUGAGCACCUCAAGAUGGCGACAGCUGCAACACUUGAUAGCUGGACAUGACCCAUGACUGUAAACCAAAAUUUUAACAUGUUUUUAAAAAUGUUUUUUUUUUUUUUUUCUUCCACUGAGGCACUUGUUGGAAAUGUGAAGUUAAAAGUAUGAACAGCAUCAUUCAGUUACCCUCACAUUAUAAGCUUAGUUUAUUGUCUAUGAAUAUCCAACUGUGAUUGAAGAUAACAGCAGGUUAUGGCAAGAGAUUGGCCGCUUCUGAGUGUUUGUUUGUUUAUUUAAGCAUACGCCACAUGGAGAAAGCUUUCCCAGAAAUGCUCUCCACAGUAUUCCCUCCUCACUUUCUCACUUUCUGGCCUCUGAAUGACUCACUCCAACUGUCUGCUUCACCCUGGUAUUUAUAGGUAAAGAACAAGAUGACAAAGGAGCAGUACAUCAAGAUGAACAGAGGGAUUAACGACAGCAAGGAUCUGCCUGAAGAGUACCUGUCCUCCAUCUAUGAUGAAAUUGCAGGCAAGAAGAUCGCCAUGAAGGAGAGCAAGGAGUUCUCAAUCACCCCAAAGUCCACAAAGCAGAGUCAGUACUCUUCUUCUUCUUCUUCUUCUUCUGUCGCUCUGUCAGGAUUACUCACCAAGAGAAAAAAUGUUUUCUUUGUGGAACGCACAUCACACAUUGGCUGGUAGACUAGUGAUGUGUCAUUUGGUGUUUUCCAGGCUCAGCAUCUCCCUGACACUGCUUACUGUUCACAAGAUCAGAUAAACAAAACAUGUAUUUUUCUCCCUGCAGAUGUAGCCAGUGAGAAGCAGCGCCGCCUGCUCUACAACAUGGAGAUGGAGCAGAUGGCAAAGACCGCUAAAGCUUUAAUGGAGGCCGUCAGCCAUGCACAGGCUCCUUUCUUCAGCGCGACACACCUGGAGCAUGUCAGGCCAAUGUUCAAGGUAUUGCCCAAUCGUCUGUUAAUUAACAUUUACUUAAACAGACUGAUCGAAAUCCAGGAGGAGUAAAAUUUCUGAUGUGGGCAUUUGGAAAUUUGCAGCUAGCAGCUUUGAUAGUAUUUUAUUUACCUCUACCUGACCUCCAUGGGCUUAUGUAACUGGUGGGACUCUGCACUGUAAUUAUCUGAAGACAACAGCGGGAUUUUAUUGGAGUUUAUUCUGUGCAACAGAAUGAAAAGGGAAACCUUAAUUUCAUCCCAGCCCUGCAGCGUGCCUCCACUCCUACACAGACAGAAACACAAGCUAGCUUGAUAAAUGAACAUAAGUCGGCACAAGGCAUGCUAAGAGGAUAAAACACAACAAAAGUUACACUCAAGAUGUUACAUGAGUGAAAAGAAACUAAAAACUGUUUAAUAAACACACCAUGAAAAUAAAUAAAUAAUGGAGAAAUCAGUAAUUAGCCAACGGACACCUACCUCUCCCCCACAAUCAGAAAGGGGAGAAGAAAGGAGGGCAACUCAAAUAUAAAGGAAAAGAAACCUACAGGAAAAGGGAAGCUGCACCUAAAAAUAAAUUAAAUUCACACUCAAAAAAGUUUCAUAGUCAAACAAAAAACACAGGUAUCAUUUUGAUACUUACAUUAAAAAAAUUAUCAUAUACAUUUAACCCUGUCCAGCGGUCCAUUUAUUCAUUUGAAUCAUUAGCAAGUUGCAUGUUUCUUUUACAGCCCACAUUGUGUUCUGCUUUUUCUCUUAAGCUUUACUGAUAAAAUCUGUUGUAAUCAAACUUAACCUUCAUGUGUGCUGUAGUUGGCGUGGACACCCUUAUUGGCAGCGUUCAGUGUGGGACUGCAGGACUGUGAUGACCCAGAAGUGGCCUCUCUUUGCCUGGAGGGCAUUCGAUGUGCCAUCAGGAUCGCCUGCAUCUUCAGCAUGCAGGUCUGUUGAUCUUUUACACAAAACUUGAGCUCAAAGUUUAUAACAUGAAGCAGCUGCAAACAGUUUAAUCCUGAUAAAAUGAUACCCCCCCCCGUAACUCUCCUCUAGUCUUGAAAACAGCAUUAAAUCAUGACUAUAUAGUAACUGACGUUCCUUGUCUGUAGUUGGAGCGAGAUGCGUAUGUCCAAGCCUUGGCCAGAUUCACUCUGCUGACAGCCAGUUCCAGCAUCACAGAAAUGAAGCAGAAGAAUAUUGACACCAUCAAGACCCUGAUCACUGUGGCUCACACUGAUGGAAACUAUCUCGGCAACUCCUGGCAUGAGGUGAGUGCUGACUGAAAGGCUUUAUAAGCAUUAGUAGCACAGAGAAAAACUGUGAUUGAAUUUAUCCGAAGAGGGGCAGCACCAAUAAAUGCUGCUAUGUUUUCAGGUACUCUUAAUCCAAUCACCUUCACACUUGGAAGUGCUCUUCUAGUCGUUCUGAACGAAACAGUAAUGAUGUCAGUGCGAGGGUUAUGUGAAGGACGCACACACAGUCAAAGACUACAGAAGCGUGUUGCAUUCACUGAAAAAAAAAAGCCCUGUUCUUCAGGCUAAUUUUUUCUGUUUUUCAGACAAUUUUUUUUCUUCCCUGUUUUUUUAUUUGAAGCAAACAUGGCCCACUUGUUAAGUUUAAUCAAGUGUUACCUUCUUUUGAGUUUGAGACACUGGGAGAUACUCUUUUCUUUAAGUCAGAUAGAUGGAAUCAUCACAAGUUUGUCUAUUUUGCGCAGGCACCUCAGGAUUUGCAUACCCUAUGUUUAACUAAUAACAUGCUUUGUUCUCAUUGACCCCGUAGUCAAAGUGAUCUAGAAGCUGGAGAAUCCACUGAUUUGGAACAGCCGCGGUGGUUAACGUUAUCUGAUUGUAUGAGUUUCUUGCAGGAUUUUGAAGUAUCUCGCUUAGUCAGGAAAAAAAGAAGUACAAAAAUAGAAUAAAAAUUUGCCUGAGAACCAGAAAGAGGGGAAAACAUAUAAGCACAAAAAACAGAGGAAGAAAAAUAGUCAAAAAAAGCAAUAAUAAUAACAAUAAUACUAAUUAUGUAAAUGAAAAAGUUUCCUUUUUAUUUGUAAGUGGAUGCAAUACGCUUCAGUAAAAGAUAUCGUCUUUUUUAGAUGAGUGACUGAACAAACAAGUUCGCACAAUUUCUUUUUUUACACCAAAUCAAUACAAUUACAGUUCAAUGAAACUGUUGUGCAUCAAUUUCUAUCAUCAGCACAGAAAAAUACAUUUAAUCUGAAUUUGGACAGUUUUAGAGAUGUGACUGCUCUAUCUGGUCCCUGUAUAAACAGUUUGCAUGUAUGCACUGUUUAUAUAUGAAUUUUGUAUUGAUAUAUAAUUUUUUUAUUUCGCUUAAGCAAUUUAUGUGAGCUAGCAGCACUUUACGGCACCUCCUAGUUCCUCACUUUUUUGUUUGGAGUCGGCUUCUUCUCACCAUUCUACCUGGCAAAAUUGUGACAAAACGCAGGAGAAAGCGACAGAGUCCAAUAUGAAUUUUUUUUUAAAUAUGACAGCGGGAAAGACAAAAACAAGUGUCUUGAAAACUGAAGAUAAGUAUGUGGAAUACUUCUCAAGGGAAAAAAACUCACAAAUCUGGAAGUCCAUUUGAGAAGCUCACACAAGAAUGCUAAUCGCGAGUUCCCUGACAAAGUGGCCUCUCUAGACAGCUCCCCUGAAAAAUGAAGCAACAUCUCAGCCAGGAGAUAGCACUGGGAAGCAGGAGACAACUAUAAUGGACUGUUUCGCAACAACCAAAGAGCUGCUUGUUAGUAAACAUGCAGGAACACCACAAGAGGGAAAACAUAUUUGUUGAGACUGUUAUGUCUACAAGACAUACCACUUUCUGAGUUGAUUGCCUUUGAAAAGUCUCUUGAGCCAAAAUUCAAGUAUUCAAGUAUGAAAACUAAAACUAAUACUAAAACUAAUAAAAAGUAAACCAAAACUAAUCGUUUAGAAAAAAAUAAAAACGAACAAGCCCACUCAGUAAACUAAUUAAAACUAACUGAAUUAGAGAAAAAGAAAGUCCAAACGGAUAAAAACUAAACUAUAAUGAAAAAUCCAAAACUAUUAUAACCUUGUUACCUAUAACACUUCCAACAACACAACUGAAUACUUUUCAUCUGGAACAGAAAGAUUUAGACUGGGACUGUCAUGGUGGACAAAGAAAAAAUAAUGUUCUUGUUGCAAAAGAUGAAUGUUCGAAUAGAUGGUGAAUGAGAGAAAAUCCAGAUUUUUCUGACCCAGUGCAUGCAUUAAAGGUAUGAAUUUAAGGAAAGAGAGAACAUUAGACAAAAAGGAUCUGGCCCAUGACUGGGAACACAAGGCUGGGUAAGCUUAACUGCAAGCAGUCUGCCGGUCUUGCUCUUCCUGGACGGCAGUGUGACGAGCCCAAACUUUGUCUAUGAGUUCAGUUUUCAGCUGCACACCUUUUCAGCAGUAGGGAACAUGUUUCUCGUUCAUAACUACUUUUUUGUGUAUGUUUUUGAUUUAUGUUACAGAUCUUGAGGUGCAUCAGUCAGCUGGAGCUUGCCCAGUUGAUCGGCACGGGGGUGAAAACACGCUACAUCUCUGGGGUGGUCCGGGAGAGGGAGACUGGCAUCAAGGGCUUACCCUCCAGCACAGAGGAGUUCAUGCCCCUGGGCCUGAGUAAGAUACACUCAAGUACACAACUAAUGUUUGCAACGAUACCCUUUAUGUAUAUAUUCACCUUGCUUAAAGUUUCCUUACUCUACAUAAGUUAAUAAGCUACAUUUAAAUUGAAGGAAUGUUAUGAGUCAGGAAUAAGCCUUUUUAAAAACUGUUGAUUUCAACAUGUUACCCACUUCUGACAAUCAUAUGGACAGUCUUGGCCAAACAGAUUUUUUUAGGGGGCCAAGAAAUCCCUCUAGGACUCUCCUCUCAGUUGAGAGGCCAGUGUGCAAUGCCUCAGUUUGCCAAGGAUCGCCCUGGCAGCAGCUUGUGCUGAAAGUGUUUGAUGUUUCAGGUAACCUGGUCGGGAGUCAGGAUAAGAGACAGAUGGCUCACAUUCAGGAGUCAGUGGGAGAGACGAGCUCUCAGAGUGUGGUGGUAGCUGUGGACAGGUAAUAAAAUACUCUCAGAAGUACACAGAUAAAGCAAAGCAAUAAAGAGUAAAUGGAUGAUCAAUGGAUGUCUCUGAUGAAUACUUCAUCUGUCAUAUCUGCAGGAUCUUCACUGGUUCCACCAGACUGGAUGGAAAUGCAAUCGGUGAGUGUGUCAUCAGUCAGACUUUUAAACAGUUCGCUUAUUUGAGUGUCUGACAAAAACAUCAUUUUUAAAACUGGUGUUGUUGCUGUUGAAUUGUUUCCAGUUGACUUUGUGAGGUGGCUCUGUGCGGUGUCCAUGGAUGAGCUGGCCUCAGCGCACCAGCCGAGGAUGUUCAGCUUACAGAAGAUUGUGGAAAUCUCCUACUACAACAUGAACCGCAUCAGGCUACAGUGGUCUCGAAUCUGGCAGGUGAUAGGAGACCACUUCAACAAGGUGUGCGGACAGAAGGGGUCAUGAAGUAAACCCAUGAGAAAACUUAUCAGAUAAUUCAUAGCACGCAGAACAAUUUCUUGAUACUCACAAAAAAUCUGUGAGCCACUGGAGCUCUGUUUGUGACUGCUGUUGCCUCCCUCUUAGGUGGGCUGUAACCCCAAUGAAGAUGUAGCCAUAUUUGCUGUGGACUCACUGAGGCAGCUCUCCAUGAAGUUUUUGGAAAAAGGAGAGCUGGCCAACUUCCGCUUCCAGAAAGACUUCCUCAGGCCCUUUGAGCACAUCAUGAAGAAAAACAGGUCAACAAUCUUCUCGUUUUGUCUUUAUUCCUCAUUGUUGAGCUUGUGUGAGUUUUGACUUUGCUGUCUCAGCUCCUCUUUGGACUGCACAGAUUUGAAAGAGUGUAGGUGUAAGAGUGGGAGUAAAAUACCAUGUUAACACCCAUCCCCCUUCAGGUCCCCGACCAUCAGAGACAUGGUGAUCAGGUGUGUGGCUCAGAUGGUAAACUCGCAGGCGGCCAACAUCCGUUCUGGUUGGAAGAACAUUUUCUCAGUUUUUCACCAGGCGGCCUCAGACCACGAUGAGACCAUCGUGGAGCUAGCUUUCCAGACCACUGGGCACAUUGUCUGUGAGUAUGACUCCAGCUCACCUCUCAGGGAUGAUUUGAACUCUGGUCAUAAAAACAUUUCAAUUCUAAACUGUUCAGCUGGCGGGAAGAUGGAUCCUGAACAAAGAUCACCUAAACAACAAACCAAACCAGCACCAGUUUUCUUACAUCUUUCUUCCUUCUCUUCAUGAAUCUUCCUGCAGUGAACACCUUCCAGCAGCACUUUGCAGCAGCUAUUGAUUCCUUCCAGGAUGCAGUGAAGUGCCUCUCAGAGUUCGUGUGCAACGCAGCUUUUCCUGACACCAGCAUGGAGGCCAUCAGACUCAUCCGACACUGCGCUAAAUAUGUCUCAGAGAGGCCACAGGUGGGAGUGACUGAAGAUUUGACAGAAUACAGACGUUUAUUUCUUGUCUGUCCGCACAUUGCAGCCUCUGGAUCCUUCAGAAACAAAAAUAAAACUCCUUUUUCAACUCUAUGUAUUAUUAUUUAUGUCUGUUCUGAUGUGACACAGACCCUGAGGGAGUACACCAGUGAUGACAUGAACGUUGCCCCAGGUGACCGUGUGUGGGUUCGUGGCUGGUUUCCCAUCCUCUUUGAGCUCUCUUGUAUCAUCAACCGUUGCAAGCUGGAUGUUCGGACCAGGUAGAGAAAUACCUCAGUGCAAAAAAUAAAAUCUUAAUGUGGUAAUUUUUACCAGGAUGUAGCACAUUUUCACAGAAAUUUUCAGUCAUUAUUUGAUGAACAAAUGCAUAAGGCAUGGCUUCAUAGCGUAAACAAAGUAGGUGCUGUGCAUACAGGUUCCUAACCAUGGCUAUUUUGUGAUCCCUAUCCCUUGUUAGACUUUCAUAAAUAAAAACAGAAAAGAAGUUACAUAAUGACCAUAUUUUUAAGAAUUUAAAGGGAUAUUCUGGCAUAAAUUUAAGUCAUGUUGAAACACACCAUAACACUGAGUUAGACACCCCCUCGAGAGAUGAAUGUUGCCGACCGCUAGCUUCUCUAGUUAUACCAACUUUAGUAACGACCGCAGGAUAGCAAUACGGUCUACGUCUCCAUGGGCACACCUCAACCAAAAAAAGCCACUCUAUAGCCACAAAUAAUGCUUAGAACAGCAACUAACUUCAUCAACAUUACCUAUAAGGGUCCCCGCUGUAGUACAAGCCAUCAAAUAUCUUUAUAGCUUUGCCUGAUUUCUUUACCAAAGAGACCAAACACAAUUCACCAGCUUUCUUCCAGCAGCCGCUUGUUUGUGGGGGAGCCCUGACGAGACGAUCACCGAGUGCAGCGGAGUUUCACAGCUCAAGAAAGAACAUUUAUGAUUAUUACUUAAUGGAAAUGCAAUCAGAGUUCUUGUGUAUCUUGUAUGUGCAUUACAGACAUGGUAGUUCUUCUGACUUAGCGUCUCGGUCUGAUUGCAUUUCUGUGAAGUAAUAAUCAUAAAUUUUCCGCCAAAUUUGAUGGCUCGUGCUAUGGCUGAUACCCUGUAUGUAGUGUUGAUGAAGUUAGGUGCUGUUCUGAGCAUUAUUUGCACUGUGUAUUGCUAUCGUAUGAUCAUUACUAAAGAUGGUAUAACUAAAGAAGCAAGCAGUCACCAACAUUCAUCUCUUGAGGGGGUGUCUAACUCAGUGUUACAGUGUAUUUGACCACAACUUAAAUUUACGCCGGAAUAUCCCUUUAAUACAAAGUCUAUAUGUCCCACAUUUUUGGUUAAACACUUUAAAAGCACUUAAAUCCAUUAGAAAUCUGUAUUUGUCCAUGUCUAGUAUACCUAUAACUUUAUGUAGUUCUCUAUGUAGUUGUCUCCAACAUUAGUAAAGAACAUUUUAUUUAACACAUUACCCUGAAACUGAUGCUAAAACCUUAAAACCUAGCAUAAAAACUCAUCAGAAUGAACCAAGAUGUCACUUUAAAAGAUGACAUCAGGAGCACGAGUGUUAGGUAGUGCCAAUGAUCCCGCAGUUUACCUUCACACGUGAGCUCUGAAACAUGAAAACUGAUGCCUGGACUGCUUCCCUUUCCCCUGACAGAGGCCUUACAGUCAUGUUUGAGAUCAUGAAGAGUUACGGUCACACAUUCGAGAAACACUGGUGGCACGACCUCUUCAGAAUCGUCUUCAGGAUCUUUGACAACAUGAAGCUCCCUGAGCAGCAGACAGAGGUCAGAGAUCACUCCUAGAUGGACGUUAAGUCCUGUGGUGGUUUUGUUUGAAGAAUAUCCUGCCAUCAUCUUAUGUACACACACAUUAUCAUCCCUUAAACUCUGCUUUGUUUGUUUAUUGCCUCGCGACAGAAAACGGAGUGGAUGACGACGACAUGUAACCACGCGCUGUAUGCCAUCUGUGACGUGUUCACCCAGUUUUAUGAGCCUCUCAGUGAAAUCCUGCUGGCUGACAUUUUCACACAGCUGCAGUGGUGUGUUAGGCAAGGUGGGUGUUCAAAUCCAUGCUGUGCUGAAUACAGGAAUCAAAAACUGUACAUCAGGGGAAUGAAACAGCUGGUUAACUAAGCAGCUAUUGGUAGCUGUUGUGUUUCAUCAUACUGGAGUUACAGCAUUUUUAUGCUGAACAGAUUUAAAAAAGUUAUCUCUCUGAUUAUAUGCAUUCAUUUUUCAUUUAAAGAAAAAUUGUCACCUGAAGUCCCAAAGUUGUUCUACAUUAUGGAUUUACUGCACCUUUUUUUGUCAUGAGUAACUCAAAUAGAGAGAAAAGUAGAGAGUUCCUAUCACUGUUUAUGACAUUGGCUUACACAGAGCUGCAAAACUGUGCUUCAGCUUCUAUAGCCUACUCCAAAGAGAUGCUAGGUCAGAUGGUGGAGCUUGUUAUGUAUGAGAAUGAAUUGAAUACAUUGUAAAUCUUGGAUGAGAGAGAGGUUUUCCUUAGGCCAAAAACAUACAGGAUCUAUAUUGAGCGCGCUCUGUCAGCAUCUCGUCUCUGCUCCGUCGAGCAGAGCUCUUCAUCGCACACACGAUGCGUAUUUGGAGCGUAGCAGCAGCAUAGUGCACCCCGGUCAGCUGGGCUUAGUAUAGAGGGGACAGCAUGCUCACAACAGUUUGUUUUUCCUUUCUUUGGUCUAUUUUCUGCUAAUUUGGGUGUAAUUUAGUAACUGUGACUGUACAUGAUUUUACAGUUUGGGUUUUUGCAGGUUUACUUGUGUUUAAUAAAGUAAACUAUGUUCCUUUUAUGCUGUGCUGUUACCUUCAGACAGAGUUAGCAGUUAAAAGUCCUGUUUUGGUCUACAUGGAUCAGGGAUUGACCAUCAGAUUGUUCUGUGUUACUGAUAAAUACAUAACCAGGAAGUAUUUCUCAUCUACACAAAUUGAUACACAGUCAGGAGUUCGCAUAUGGUAUUUUAUUUUGAAAUUUACUGAAUGACUUGCGGGGUCUUUGUGCUUGACAUCCUGUCUAGAAUGAUCUUCCCUGUGUAAAUUGAUGUGUGUUGGAAGCGCAGAGCAGAGAAAAUAGACUUGGCACGUCUCUUUAGCAUCUUAAGCCGUGCUCGAUAUGCUUCUGAUAUGGGGCUGCGAUGGAGCAGAGACACGUCCUGUGUGCGGUGCUGCAUUGAUAUGAACGGCAACCUAUUUGCUGCAUGAUACGUGACGCUGACAAUACCCGCUCAAUACAGAUCCUGUAUGUUUUAGCCUUGAUCUUCCGUAAAAAUGUAAGACAACCUCCCCUCCAAGUGGAAAAACACAGAGCUGAACCCCACUCUGGAAGAAUAAAGCGCAAAACAGAGGGAGAAACAAAUUUUUUCUCAACUGCCUUUCCUCAUCAGAUAAUGAACAGUUGGCUCGGUCGGGAACAAACUGUCUGGAGAAUCUGGUGAUCCUGAAUGGUGAGAAGUUCAGCCCCGAGGUCUGGAACAUCACUGCCUCCUGCAUGCUAGAGAUCUUCCAAAACACCAGCCCUCAUGCGUAAGUCUUCCACCAAUCAACAAGAGGGUGCUAAUGCCAGUGAACUUAAGUUACUGGAUUGGUUUAACUGUCUUAUAGACCGACACUGAGCUUCCUAAUCAGGAAAUCAGUGGAAAAUGUCAGAAUAAAGGGGAAUGAAGUUAAAUGAUAUUUCAAAAACCUGUUGUUAUUGCUUUUAUCCUCAGUUUGUUGACGUGGCGACCAGCUGGACAAGAGGAGGAAACCGCAGAUGGCAAGCAUUAUGUAAGAAAACAGAUAAAUGCACCCGCUGACUUAACAGUAACUACAGUAUGUAAUGUAGCAGCAGCAGCUUGACUAAAACUUCACACCUUUACUCAAAUAUGAUGAGCUGCUCUUGGCUAAUGAAAGGACAGGCGUAUCUCAUAACAUUUCCAGCAGAUCAGAAGUAUAAAACUAAACUUUGGGUGUCUGUGGUGUUUGUCUGUGUUUCUACAGGAUGCUGAUUUUGACAGUCAGUCUCAGAGCAGCUAUGACAGAGCUCUGUCUGAGCGAGGACACAGCCAGAUUUCCAGUGAUGACACAUGGAAGGGAAAGUCCAGCGCCAGUGAGUGUUUUGGUGUCAUUCUCUGUCAUUGGUGUCCCUCCAGCCCCGUCUUUGUCAUCUAAUGUGAACCCUAGUGCUAGUUCUGUGCCCUCCUCAGGGUUUCACAUGCAUUGAUUUGAAGGCAACAACAUUUCUCACGCAGUUUCAAUGCAUUUGAAACAUUAUUGUUCAUCCUAAUGUGGUUUCUCUGUUAACAAAAAUAAGCUUUCACCUAAUUUGACAACAGAUGCCCGUGAGCAUCCAAAUAGGAUUUGUCUUUAACUUGGUGCAAGUUAAAGACAAGUUAAAGUUGGUUCCUGGUGCAAACUGAACCUGGAAGCUGACUGAGAAAUAGAAAUUGUGAAAUAGAGUAAAGUGCAUUCAAACCAUCACAUCAGGUGUUGGUUGCAAAACACCUUAUAGAGAUUGGACUGCUUGUGUUAUAUUUAAUCCCUCUUCAAAGUCAAUAUUCAUAACCGCUCUUUUUUGAUCCAUCUGUCUUACAGGAGUAACAGACCAGAAGCUGUUUGCAGGCCUGUUGAUUAAAUGUGUGGUGCAGCUCGAACUCAUCCAGACCAUAGACAAUAUUGUUUUCUACCCAGCAACCAGUAAGAAGGAGGAUGCUGAGAACAUGGCUGCUGCACAGGUGGGUCACAGCAAUCUGUGUAUCAUUUGUUCAUUUGAUUUGUUUUGAAUAAAACCAAAAAGGAAAAAUCGAGAAAACAAAUUGCUCUCUAAAUAUUUGUCUCUAAAACGAAAAUAAAAAAACAGAUAACACCUCAUUUUACGAUUCCCGUUGACUUAAGCUCAAAUGAAAAUGGGAUCAAUGGGAUAACAACAGUUUGAUCUGAUUUAGACUUUUUUUUGUCUGUAGAAAGUUUUGAGACCCGGAAGUGAACCUUUGGCAUCAUGGUGCAAACUGAACCUGGAAGCUGACAGAGAAAUAGAAAUUGUGAAAUAGAGUAAAGUGCAUUCAGACCAUCACAUCAGGUGUUGGUUGCAAAACAACAGGCAAGACUUGAGAAUUAUUCAAAGCUCAUACAGCACUUUUUUAGGAUGGCAAAACUCUAAGCUCUGAAAUGUCUGUCAGAAUGUUCUGUUCCUAGAACAACCUAAGGGGGAAAAGGACAUGUAUCAGACACACAGCUGGGUGCCGCCCCCUACGAAACUUUCUACAGAUGAAAAAGACUAAAUCAGAUCAAACUGUUGUUAUCCAUUUAUCCUAUUUUCAUUUGAGCUGAAGGGAAUGGAAAUCAGAAAUGAGCCGUUAUCUGUUUCUUUUCAUUUCAUUUUAGAGACAAAUAUAAAAAAAAAAAAUUCGUUUUCUCUUUUUUUUUUUCAUUUUUGGUUUUAUUUUGAAAACCGUAUGAACGAAUGUUACACAGAUUCACAGCAGCCACUUAAUGGAAAAAUCUUGAAGCUAAAUCUGCCAAAAAGCAACAGUAGCCUUGGCGUGUGACAGAAAUGUACAUCACUGCAUCAUAUCAGAUAUCUGUCUCUUCUCUUCAGCGAGAUGCUCUGGAAGAAUCUGAGACUGAUGGAGGCGAUGCGGCUACAGAUCAGGGAAUGUACAAACACAUGACUUCAGCACACCUCUUCAAACUACUGGACUGUCUGCUGGAGUCGCACACCUUCGCCAAGGAUUUCAACUCCAACAAUGAACAGAGAACAGCACUCUGGAGGGCAGGUAAAUAGAUUUUUUCAUAUGGAUCAUAUGGAGGAGAAUUUCUAGAGACAUGUCAAAGAGACUGAUUGUUUCUUGAGAAGAAGUUGUAUUGAGUAUAACAAGGCAAUAAGUUUGUGCAAAGGUUCAGAGGGUUGGCUUGUUCUUACCUAGACUGAACUGGAACAGAUGAAAUCAACAUGUUUACUUUGUGCUAUGACGUGUUCAAACAGUCAUAUCUUCUGUCUGAUACUGAAGGAUUCACAUUUUACAAGUAGAUCAUAAAAAAUAUGCCAUCUUGUUAAAGUCUCACUCUGACAGUGCUUCUUUAGCGUUUCCUUUUAUUGUUCGGCGACCUGAGUGUAGAGAAGAGAGGAAAUCCGAGCACAGACUUAAUCCAAGGACAUCUCAUUUCUGUCCGUACACAUUUAACCUCCAGGCGAUGUUGUUUUGCCUUUCAUUGAUGUUUAACAGACAAAGAGGGUACAAAAGAGCUAGCAUGCACAGCCACAAACCUAAAAAGGAAUCAGGUGGUGUAAAGAUUGUAGCGUGUGAUGGAAACUAAUCACAACUUCUGCAUUCAUAAUCAUUCAAAAUAAACCGUUUUUAUUUACUCCAGUGAAACAAUUCUGAACCUUAUCAGUCUAGGGAGGGUGUAUGUUGUGAAAUAGGUCAAACAUGUCUUAAACUGAAGUCUAAGAAAAGCUCUGUUGUUAUUGUUGUUUGUUGAUGUCGUUGUUGGUGUGUCUCUGUUUUUUCCUCAGGCUUUAAAGGGAAAUCCAAGCCCAACUUACUGAAGCAGGAGACCAGCAGUCUGGCCUGCAGCCUGAGGAUCCUGUUCAGGAUGUACUCUGACCCUCAGUUGCGGGACUCGUGGCCCGACAUCCAGACACGCCUGCUGCUGUGAGUAUAGCACACACCAUCAUUAUCAUUAUUCAGAGUUUGACACAGUUUGAGAAGGCCAGGUUUCAUUGAUUACAUCAGGCUGGUUACUCAAACAGAUUCUUUAUUACUGUGGGUGGGCUAUAAUCAGACCCAGAUCUGAUGGACUGAUGGUUAGUAUUUCCAGCAGCAGAUGCUGUUUGUGAGAUUGUUCAGAAUGCCACCCUGUGUAAAAUCUGGCUGUGUUUUUAAUAGUUUACGGACAAAAAUGGAGCUUGAGGACUCAGAGGAAUAAACUUUCAUCAGGGUUUAGAUAAAGAGUCUAUACUCAUCAGCUGAAUUAGUGUAUUGUUUAUUAAAAAAGGAGAAUGAUAGCAAAUGUGGCCAAGUGGACUUAGGGUUCAUGUACUCAUACGGUCAAUACUUAAAUCAUGGAAGCUAAUGAUGUUCAGCUGUCAUAAAAGGAAGACUGUUUUCAGCUGGACUGUAGUGUAAAACAGGCUUUUUCUACCUGUCUAUGCCUCAGAUUACGUUCCGGAUGAAACAAAACAACAGAACUGCUUUUUAGAGAAACAUUGUUGGCCCUUGUGUUUUUGCAGUUACUCAUUUCACUACCUCCAAACAUGGCCUGUUUGUCAUUGACUCGCUAAAUGCUAAACCUGAGAUAACUCAGCACCAGCUGUGUCACUCACUGGUGUUUAUUCUGUUCUGACUGAGCUGUUUUGACACAUGCUCAGACCUCAUAGUGUAUUGAUAAGAGGCGCACUGUGUGGAUUUGGUGAAAUACAUCUGCACGCUAUCUGACACAUAAAUUACAUAAAUUUUUUGCCUUUUUUAAGCAAUAACAACUAUAAGUAAUAUCAUGUGGCAGUUUUUAUGCAAACCAACUAUUUCUGUUCAGUGUUGCCCGCACAGUUAGUGUUUGUCCUAAAUGCCCUAAAUGUGUGUGUGUGGUGUUUUCUCACUCAGAGUGUGCAGUGAAGCUCUGGCCUAUUUCAUCAGUCUGACCUCAGAGAGCCACAGAGAGGCCUGGAACAGCCUGCUGAUGCUGAUGCUGCUGCUCACCAGGACACACACGGCACACACACACACACACACACACACACACACACACACACACACACACACACACACACACAGGCAAACACACACACGCAAACACACACACGUAUUGUUGCUGUCCGAUGAAAAACACGAAUCUCCACUUUGAACGAUCUGGACUUUUUUCAAUACAUGUAUGGUCCAUAAUCUUCCCUAACAACCUGUAGCUUUGGGUAUCCAAAUGAUGGAAAGCCAUUUUAUAACAUCAUCUUAUAACAUCAUCCUGCCCUGGCUCUGAGUUGUCAUGUCAGCAAACAGACUUUACACUGUGACAGACUCAUAGCAGUCCAGGGUAAUGCUACACUAAUGUCCUCAUGUGGACUGAUGCCGACCUCAAACUUUGUUCUAACCAUGACAGUGUUGCUUACCUGUACAUUAGAUUUCUUGAGCUGAAGUUCAUCCCCAGAGGCAAAGCUGCUGCUGUUUUCUCUCUCACACUCAGUUGCGGACACUAGUGCAUGUUUAAUUGGUAGUAGUGACUCAAAAAGGUUGACAACCAAUGUGCUAUGUGGAACUGUAGGAUAGCUCGCUAUCAAUAGUUUAUCAACGUAGUGUGACUGUGACAUAAACGGGAUACUUAAAGUUCGUAAAUAACCAAACGUCAUUGGAGCGCAUUAUUAAAAAAACACAUAUGUACAGUAUCACUCACAACGCAAAGCACUUAAGUCUGUUUAAAAUAUCAAACAGGUCACUAAUGACUGUAAAUAUAGAUUUUGAUUUUAGGUCCUAAUUGUGUCUAAUUACAGUGUUUUGGUUUUAUUUUGUAAGGUAGUUUAUGAAUAAAGUUGUUUUUUAAUUUUCCUGAGAAAAAAACACAUUUUGGAGAUACAUGUUUUUUAUUGGACAGCGUUGAUAUAGUAGAGUCAAGUGUAUGUUAAAGCUCGUGUGAGGAGCUUUAUUCUGGUUAUAAGGCAGACUGAAGUGAUGAUGAUGAUGAUGAUGAUGAUGAUGUUGAUGAUGAUGAUAAACAGGGCCAGCAGUGUGUUUUCACAAUACUAAAAACAAUGAACUUGGUGUGUCAGACCAAAACUGGCUUUUUAAGAUGCAUGUUACUCGGCUAGUCCCACUGAAAUCACACUUCGUUAAAUUUCUCAAAGUUAAAUACCUCAAUAAUGACAUGAGUGUUUUUUCGCAGUUCCCACACUGGACCUUGACACAGAUGUUGACCAGCAUAAAUAUGUAGUAGAAAGCUGAGUAGUCAACAAAACCUCAACAGAAAAUGACGAAGCACAUUUUUAGUACACAAGAAAACUAGAGAGCUGUAAAGUUUCCCAUGUUUUUUGCAGUUCAGUUUUUAACCAGUUAGCCUCUUUCUAAUUUUUACUCUGAUUGUUUGGGUUUAUAAUAUAAUACUUACACUGAGUGAUAAAUUUGAUCUUAUGAAAAAUCAGGAUGACAUACUUCUGUCAGAAUAAAAGUAACAUGUAAAGAACAAGAUCAGUGUCGAGAUAAAUUCCAGUCUGCCUGCAGGGGGCGCCACUGCUGAAACAAAACGAUCAUGCUCAGCAGCUUUAAGGGCAAUAGUUUGACUGAUGCACAACUAAACAAACUUUAAUUUGAAAACAUCAUCAUCCCCUGAAUUAUGAAGUUGAUUUAACCUGAAUCAGGAUCAGAAUUUGAAGAGGGUUAAUUUUUACUUGAAGUCACAGGGGGUGUAAAAACUAUGUCACCCUCUCUCACAUUUUCUUUCGAAAUAAUGUCAUAUAUAUGUGUGAUUACAAACAGUUUGGUGAGCUGUCACUGGUGAGUCAUCCUCUCUCUCUGUGAAUGCGUGACUCACUGAUGAUUCAUGGCAGCCCAUGACUCAGGCUCUCUUUCCAAAAACUAUAGCAGUUUUUUGGUAAGAAAACAACCCAGCAGGGAGCCUGAAGCAGGAGAAAAUGUGGGCGCCCAGCAGCUAGCUUUAGAAGAAAACACCAGUGCCACACAAACCACUACAUCGACAGAAAAUAGAUCCGUAUUGUUAAGUAGGCCUGCUGGCACUGCUGUGUUGUGCUCAUCAUGCUGUGAAUUUGGGACAAUUGUUCAAACAAAUCCAAGUGCAGCAAACUGUAUUAACUUGCAGUUUUAUCAGGGAAAUUAUCCCUAUGAACAGAAAAAUAAAAUAUAUGUAUAUGCACUUGAGUUGGACCAAAAAUGACCUAAUUAUUCCAAAUCCUGCUGUGAACUCUAUGAGCUGCCAACAGCAUCCUUGCACUAGAGCCACCGCCCUUCCUUUUCCUGUGUAUAUUCUGAAUAUUUCCAAAUACAUUUGGCAGAUGCUCAGGUUAGCAAAGAAAAACCUAAAUUCUGUUGGACAGCCUGUUUGAUCAUAGAGCUCUUUGAAAUGUUCCAUCUUCUUCUGUUCCAGUUCAAGCCCCAUGCAUCCUGCUACUACCCCCACCUGUGUGAAAUGAUGCAGUUUGACCUGAUCCCAGAGCUGCGGGCCAUCCUCAGGCGCUUCUUCCUACGCAUCGGCUCAGUCUUCCACAUCGCUGCUUCAGAGGGGGCACACAUGCCAUCUCCUGCAUCCUAG